CGGUUCAUGACAACACACUCACUGAAAGCGGGACGCAUCUUUAAUUGAUCGUCCCUCAAACCACCCAAUCCUUGCUCGUCGCAUCACUUGUUUGUCUGCCAUCAAACUCCAAUUUUAGGUCUGGCACUUGGUCUGAAUUAUUAGCUGCAUAUUGCCUGCUGUACCUAAUUUAUUCCCUUCUCUGCACCGCUCUUUCUGUCUCGUCUUGUUUCUCAUAUAAAACUCAGGCAUGGCCUGAGGUGAUGGAUCAUCUUCUCUACAAGGCUCUUUUCUUUCGUGGCUCUCUCCAACUUGGUUUUCAUUAUUCCUUACCCAUCUCUAAAUAAUCGCCAUAUCCUCAAAUUCGACCAAUACAUCUGCUGACACCUCCGCUGUUGCCGGCCGCCGCUACGAUUCAUUCAUUCCCCACGAUCGACCUACCGAACCCACGAUAUCAGCAGACCACCGUUCCCUCUUGGGCAUGGAACCUUAAUGACGACAUACUUUCACCAAAGACUCCGAUAAUACCUCCAUCAUGGCCGCUGGUACGAACAACCUCCAACUAACUCGGCUCCGACUCCACUGCGAGCUCUUCAAUCCAACAACAACUUGUUGCUCAAAUGACUAACCUUCCCUGCGCAGUGCGCAUCUGCGUCUGCGGUGAUGAAAGCACCGGCAAAUCGAGCCUCAUCGCUUCUCUCGUUAAGGAUCAAUUUGUCAACAACAAAAUCCAGCCCGUCCUUCCUCAAAUCACUAUUCCUCCUAGUAUUGGUACGCCCGAGAAUGUCUCAACAACCAUCGUCGAUACCUCAGCUCGCCCUCAAGACCGAACUACUUUGCGCAAAGAGAUCCGAAAGUGCAAUGUCAUCCUCCUCGUCUAUGCCGACCAUUACAGCUACGAAAGAGUAGCAUUGUUCUGGAUGCCAUACUUCCGAUCCCUCGGCGUCAACGUCCCCGUCGUAUUAUGCGCCAACAAAUCCGAUCUGGCUGGCCAGGGCACCACACCUCAGGUAGUCGAGGAGGAAUUGCUACCUGUGAUGGCUGAAUUCCGCGAAAUCGACUCUUGCAUCCGCGCCAGCGCUCGAGACCAUCGAAACGUAAACGAAGUCUUUUUCCUUUGUCAAAAGGCCGUAACUCAUCCAAUUGCCCCUCUAUUUGACUACAAGGAGGGGCAUCUCAAGCCUCUGUGCGUUGACGCUCUGAGGCGCAUAUUCUAUCUUUGCGACAAAGACCAGGACGGAUAUCUCAAUGAACAAGAAAUGAGAGACUUCCAAGCACGUUGCUUCGAAAAACCUCUGACAGCGGACGACCUAGACAAUAUCAAACUCAGUAUCUCGAAAUCGUUGCCCACGUCCGAGUUAGAAAAAGGCAUUGAUCUGCCAGGAUUCCUGCAAUUAAACAAACUUUAUGCUGAGAAGGGUCGCCACGAAACUAUCUGGAUUAUCCUUCGAAAAUAUCACUAUACCGAUAGUCUCAGUCUCGAGGACAAGUUUAUUCGACCCAAGUUCGAUGUUCCAGAGUACUCGUCGGCCGAGUUGAGUCCUGCUGGUUAUAGAUUCUUUGUGGAUCUCUUCUUGCUGUUUGACAAGGACAAUGAUGGUGGCCUCAAUGAUCAAGAACUUGAGGCUCUGUUUGCCCCAGCUCCAGGACUUCCCAGUUCCUGGACCGACUCGUCGUUCCCCUCCUCGACUGUAAGGAAUGAAGCUGGGCAUGUUACUUUGCAGGGGUGGCUGGCUCAGUGGAGUAUGACAACAUUUAUCGAACCCAAGACAACCAUUGAAUAUCUCGCGUAUCUGGGAUUUGAGCCUUCGAAUCCCAAGGAACCCAUCACCGCGGCACUCAAGAUAACCAAGCCUCGUAAGAGAAGGAGACGUCCUGGUCGGGUGGAGCGUAACGUGGUCCUCUGCUACGUUCUUGGUGCAUCAGGAGCAGGCAAAUCCGCUCUCCUCGACUCAUUCCUCAACCGCCCUUUUGAUGGUCUUUACCAUCCAACCAUCAAGCCGCGCCGCGCUGUCAACAGUGUCGAGCUGCCAGGCGGAAAACAGGUGUACCUCAUUCUGGAAGAGCUUGGGGAGCUGGAGCCUGCAAUCCUUGACAACCCGGCCAAAUUAGAUGCUUGCGAUCUUAUCUGCUACGCCUAUGACUCGUCUGACCCCGACUCGUUCUCGCAUAUCGUUGAUCUGCGGAGCAAAUACGCGCACCUUGAUGAGCUCCCUUCGAUCUAUACUGCUCUCAAGGCCGAUAAAGACAAGACAAACCAACGCUGUGAGCUUCAGCCAGAUCAGUAUACUGCCUCACUCAACAUGAGCCUGCCGUUACAUGUGAGUGUCACCUGGGGUAGCAUCAGUGAGCUUUUUGUAGCUUUUGCAGAUGCCGCUACAAAUCCUAGUACGGCUUUCCCCAGGAGCAAUGAGGAGGGGCCUGAUCGGACCAGUUUGUAUAUUGCAUUGGGCGCCACGGCCUGUGCAGGAGUUGCUGCUUUAACGAUAUGGCGACGAGCAACGAAUGCUCUUUAAUUAGUGUCGCAGUUGAGUAGAUGUUCACCGGACCUCGGCAAGUUUUUGGGAAAGAGUCCGUUACUUGGGAAGAGGGCAGGCAUUGCAUAGGUAGGAGUUGAAACUCACCAUUCAGAAAGAAACAUGAUACCCAGCUCCAUCGAAAACACAUUUUUUUAUCACCUAGAUAUAUAAUCAACAAACAUAGUCUUUUCUUAUUUUGGUCGACUUGCCCUGGUGAUAGUGGCGUCGUUUCUCCUGUAUAUGAGCCAAACUCCUUAACACCAAGCCCAUGAUACCAUCCCCCAACGUCUUAUACCGAUACAGAAAUGAUUAGACCUUAUAGAAGCAGAACCCGACGUAGAAACUAGCAGCUUCCAUCUCCUCAUCGGAUACCAGAAGAGGGCCUCCACCACGCUCCCGUACGCCCAUGCGCUCGCUCAGCGGACCAAGCUCGCGGUCAUCCUUCUCCGCCUCCCAGAUUUCAGGAAAAGUGCGAUGAAACUGCAACUCAAGAUUGUAGUCCUCGGCGAGAGCACGGAAGGCCUCCCAGGGUACGACAUACUCAGGCACCUCCUCUACAGCUUCGUCUAGAAAGAAGUUAUAUUUCCAGCCGAAGGCAGGUCGAAAGACACCAUCAUCAGGUGUUUUCCCCGGGAAGCGCACACGGUAAAUCGAGUUACCCCAUUCAGCAGUCGGCUCCUCCUCGCCCUCUUCCAGCUCACCAUCCUCUGGCUCCGUUUGUUGCGGUGUUGUCGAACCAUCGCCGAUCUUUUCUUCGCUUUGCUUAGCUGCACGCUUGGCAGCAGCCUCCUCGUUGAAUUUGCGGACUCGCUCGCCCAGAACAUCAGAAUUAGGGAUGCAGCCGAUGAAACGUCCUCCUUUCUUGAGUGCUCCAGCGACAUUGCGGAGCAUGUUACGCGCAUUCUUUUCCGACUCGAAAGCAUAGUGCAUGGAGAACAUCAUGCUGACAACGUCGAAACCUCGGCGGUUCAUAGGUGAAGGGUCGAAGCCGACUUGCUGGAUGAUGUCGAGGUUCUCAAUGGACUCGCCGAAACAAUCUUUGACGUGGAAACGAGCGUCGAAUAAGCGCGGUGGCGGUCGUCGGUGUCCGCCGCGCCCACCUCGCCCGCCACGGCUACCCAGUGUACGGUAGCGGUCGCGGGCUUGCUCGAUACUCACGUCAGCGGGAUCGAGUCCAACAUAAAGCUGAAUUGGUUGAGGAGCUUGCUGCCAUUUGUUAAGAUCGCCGCCCUUUCCACAUCCCAUGUCCAGCACAAGUAGGUCCUUGCCACUGGAGCGUCCAGCUUCGCGCGAACCAGGGGUGUGGUCUUCAUCGGGUGAAUAACGCUGGAUGAUGCAGCUCUUGAUCCAAUUGUUGAAAACACGAAGUCCCUUGAUCUUGCUGUCUCUUGUUCUCCAGUCGCGACCGCGCUCUGGUACGUUGUUGUAGUGGUGUCGCACAAGAUCACUGUUGUUUCGGAUCCUCUCCUGUUCAGCUUCGGCGGCUUCCUCAGCCGCAGCUUCGCGUUCUCGUUCGAGCUGGCGCUGUCGAAUCUUUUCACGCUCGGCCUCUGAGAUACGCGAACGCGCACCGGGGCGCUUCAGCUUUCGAGGCUGUUCUGAUGGCGAGAGGGCGCGCCGCUUUGCUGGCUGAAGUGAUUUGGCGUUGUAUGGCUGGGGUAGAUCAUCUUGAGGUUCGUCGUUUGCAGGACGCUUGCGGUGGUUUCGCUCGUCACCGUCGUCGCGAUCAGAGUCUCUGCCCAUUUCUGACAGUUUCACUCGUUCUUUUUGUGAUAUAUGUGUCGAUUGAUUGCAAUGGUAGAUGCGAAGUUGGGUGUUCAAGUUUAUUGAAUUGAAAGAGAAAUGGAAUAUGAUGCAAGUUCUGUAUCUAAUCUCAGCGUUGCACUGAUGUAAGGGCGCUCGGCCCAUGCGGUCCAGCUGCAUCAGCCUACCCUGCACCUAUUAGUCUAUAGCCGCUGCAACUCAAUGAAUGAUGGCGUAUAAAGCACUCUGUGUCUACAGAGAAUUCUAUUUACUUUUUAACUGCAAUCAAUCUGAUGGAAUGUCAGUCAUACUUAGCUAAAUCAAUGGGAGAAAAAGAAUACCAUGG